AUGACGAACCCUAACGACCCCAUCCCACCAAAUCAGACUUAUUCAAAUUCAUCUCCUUCUUCGAAUCAAUUUACUACUUAUGCUCCUCUCGUUCAAUCUUUUGUUAAACAAUAUUCAUGUUCAUAUUUCCUACAUCACUCUGAUAGCACUAGUCUGGUUUUAGUAUCAGAUUUGUUAACCAAAUCAAAUUACUCUUCAUGGAGCCAAUCUAUGACUCUUAGCUUUACAGUGAAGAACAAAAUGGGUUUCAUUGAUGGAACUCUUCCAAAACCAAUAGGCGAUCUUCAAAAUUCAUGGAUUAUUUGCAAUAGUGUUGUCACAACUUGGAUCUUUAAUGCACUCUCCAAAAAAAUAGCUGCUAGUGUCAAUUUCUCAGAUUCUACAAGAGAAAUUUGGCUUGAUCUACAACAACGAUAUCAAAGUAAGAAGUAUCCAUGCAUUUUUCAGUUUCACCGUGAACUUUCUAAUCUUGUUCAAGAUCAACUUUCUGUUAUAGCCUAUUUUACAAAAUUAAAGACUGCUUGGAAUGAAUUAGCAUCCUAUCAACCUAUAUGUUCUUGCGGACGAUGCACUUGUGGAGGAGUGAAGGAAUUACUCGAUUAUUUUCAGAUUGAACAUGUUAUGGAAUUCCUUAUGGGAUUGAACAACUCCUUCUCUCAGAUUCGCACUUGCCUAUUGUUAACUGGACCCGAACCUACUAUUCAAUGA